AUUCCUCCACUCUUCCACAGCUCUUAUUCAGAAGUGUCAGACAUCAGUUCUGCUGUUGUUAUAGAUGGUUCAGUCUCAAAGUUCUCUCUCACAGGUAAGAGGUGGCCACCUAUUCGAGACCUAUUCAGACUUUUAUUAUUUACUUUUAUUAUAUUUGAUCAAUAAACAUUUAAAGAUAAAAUGCACUUGUGAGAUUCAAUAAGGUUAUAUGGAGAGGAAUCAUAAUUGUGUUUCAGAUCAUUUAUUUGGCUCCAUAGUUUACUCUCUAAUCAGUUACGGUUUAGAUCUAUUUUGAUUAUGUUUUCCUGAUGGAAAAGGUUGUUGUAAUAAUUCUGUAAUAACAGAAGACCAGACACUUUUUGAAUUAUUUUUUGGUAUUGAAGUUUGAUGGAAUGAUUUAAUGAAUGUGUGAUCUUUUGGGAAUUAGUAAUUGUUUGAAUACAAGCAUUUGUUCUGUACAAUGAUGAGAACAGCUUAAGAACUGUCUUUCAAAGCAAACCAAAGCCAUGAGUGGUUUAUUGAAGAUGUCCUCUGAUCUCUGUCUUUGUAGAUAAGUCACCAUGCCUACAUUCGUCAUUGAUCAGCCUCUUCCCGUCAUGGAGUCCAAGGAGUCUGACCAGUGGAGUUCCGGAAUCUGUGACUGCACCGAUGACAUGGCAGACUGUUAGUGUGUGUGUGUGCCUGACGUGCAUCAUAUAUUUGUGCAUGUUUGUGUGUGAUCACAUUUGUUUGUGUAUAUUUGUAUAUUUGUAUGUUAGAGUGUUAAAAAUUCAUAGUUUUAUAAGUUUAUGUUCUCGAUUGGUGCUUCAUUCACUUUGGCCAGGCUGUUUUGGAUGCUGGUGUUGUCCCUGCCAUGCCUGUAUACAUUCAAGGGAGUACGGACAGUGUCUUUGUCUCCCUCUGCUGGACAUCUUCGGCAUCAUCCCACCCAUCACAAUGUCCAUGAGGGUGUCCAUGCGCCAGCGCUACGGCAUCAAAGUAAGUACAUUUAAAGUUGGCUUCUUCUGGAAAAAAAUAUUACAUUUACUGAACUCGGAUAAAGUACAUUACGAUACACAUUUUGUCAUCCAACCACUGACCUAGUGCACCGUGCUAUUCAUAGGUUUAAUUGUUAGUGAACAUUUUCCCUUCUCUAGGAAUUAAUAACUUUCUUGUGUUGGGCCAUUCCAAUGUCUGCUAUAUGACUGCCUGUAUGACCAUUGUUGUAAGAUUGCUGACUGUCUCCAGGGCAACUUCUGUAACGACUGUGUGAACGCCACCUUCUGCAACUGCUGUGUCUGGUGCCAGAUGUCCAGAGAGAUGAAGAGCCGCAACAUCCCCAUUGUCUUGAUCAGUGCUAGGAACGAAUGACCAACAUGACACCAUAACCUCAAGGUUACCGUAGUCAUCACAAUACCAUAGCCAUAACCUUUUUCAGAGUGAUGUUUCUGUGUUUUAUAGGAUGUAUAUUAUUCCUACAUGCCUGAAUUGUCUGUUUGUUUGUCAAGAAGUUAUUGUAAACUGUGUAUAUUAAAACAAGAUUUUGUAUGCUUAAAAAUGAUGUAUACACAUCUUUCUAUGAAAUAUUAUGCCUACAAUAAGGACAUAAAUCAAUAUAUAUUUUUAUUAUAUAAAAUAUAUACAUAAAAUAAAUGAGGACCACCACAGGAAUGGA